UCUAGCUUUCCACCACCACCCCAUUUGAUUGCUCCACGACCUUCCACGACUCGCCCAGAGUCCACUGCUCAAAUAGCUGCAGGUCAUAGACUUCCGACUUCGAGAUACUUUCAAGCUUACUCAUCCCGCGCGGCCUUUGACAAAUCGACACUUUUCCCGCCAGUAUUUAUAUAGACAUGGUAGUGUUUCAUCUUACGAAAAACGUCCAUAUCUCCCCACUAAAACCAUGGCACUAAACGGCUGGCACAUUGGCGAACUGUCCAUCCGCCAAAAGAUGAAAUUUACUGAGGAUCCAUCGCUUGAUGGGAUGUACACCUGGAUCAGCGAAGAGAUUGAUCCUGGUCAUGCUCAAUUUCACAGUGAAUGCCACUUCCUUCCUGUCACAACUGUGGACUCGGAUGGGCGGCCUUGGAGCUCCAUAUUGGCGCCAGGGGAAGGACGACCUGGAAGCAGUUUCAUUCGGUACAUUGGGGGUAGUAGGUUGAGAGUGUCGGCACGGAUUUGGGAUGGAGAGCCGAUCUUGAGGACAGGGAAGGACAACAUGCUCAUAGCUGGAAUUGGUAUUCACUUCCCAACGCGGAGGAGGAAUAAGAUCGCGGGAUUUGUUUCACGAUAUGAACGCUCCGGAGAUGGAGAUGAUUGCGUUGUCCUCGAAAUGACGAUCAAUGAAACGAUAGGGAAUUGUCCCAAAUACAUAAAUCUUCGACACCUUUCUCCUCAUCCAAAUACACAUCCCAAACUCAUGACCGAAAGAUUACAUCUCCAGAAAGAUGAUCGUCUUCCGGCUGAGCUCAUCGAUUUUAUCUUGGCUUCGGACACAGUUUUUUUAGGAACUACCUAUGUCGCUCUCGAGAAAGAUGCAGCAUUAUUUCCGUCUCACCUAGGUAUGAACCAACGUGGAGGCCGUAAAGGUUUCAUCCGGGUAUCGCUCAAGGAUCAACGUACACUUGUUUUACCUGAUUUUUCUGGUAACCGAAUUCUCACAUCUCUUGGUAACAUCGAAGCCUCGUCACUAGCAUCUUUCACAUUCGUCGAUUUCGAGAGCGGUGCAAUUCUGUACCUCACUGGCGAAGCAAAGAAUCUUGUAGGGGAAGAUGCUCAGCGGAUUAUGCCUCUCCAUACCCAAAUGGCGCUCACCACUCUGUUCGUGACUGGAUAUAUAUUUGUACUGGACGCGCUUCCUGUACGACAGACCGUGGGCACACAUGCGGAACAGAGUCCAUACAGUCCACCUCUUCGUUUCCUCGCAGAAGAAGCAGGCGGCCGUGUCAUAUCGUCAAACCCUAAUCAGACUGUUUUGCUCAGUCGCAUCGAUAUGCAUUCCUCUUCAAUUGCCACAUUCUGGUUUCUAUCGUCUGUUCCCCUUACCAUUAACCCAGGACAAGCCGCCAUCUUAAGUUUUGCAGAUCUUUUAGGAAAACCCAAAUAUGCACACAUGGCACCAUCGAAUCCCAAAUCCUUGAAUGACGACCGCGUGCGUACUUGGACGGUCUCUGAUUCAUUCACUCACGAGUUUGCACUUACCAUGCGCGAGAUACCCGGUGGCGUGGUUACAGGGGCUCUCUUUAACCUUGCACGCGCACUGGCUAAGUCGAGGCCAGAACUACUCACAAAUGCCUCUGAUCUAGAAAUUCGUCUAGGUUUGGUUGGUUUCAGUGGUUCAUUCUGUCUACCUUCUCCUGCGAAGGAUUCUGAGGUCAAGCUUCUGUGGAUUGCCGGUGGCAUUGGCUUUACACCGUUUUUACGCAUGCUCAAAGCUUUGAAGGCGGACAACAGUGGAUGUCGCUGGGACAUACAUAUGGUCUUGUCUACACGCGAUCCUGAUGUUCUUCUACCUCUGCUGAUGAAGGCCGCUGACUCCACAGGAGAGAAGGUGAAAUUCAUGUUGGACUUAUUCACCUCAAGGAAAGUUACGGUAAUGGCGGGUUCAAUUGACGAUGUUCGUAUACAUUCAGAACGGGUUGACUCGAAGUAUUUACGGAGUACAGACUUGUCACGAAAGAUAUACUUAUGUGGUCCCAAGCCUUUUGAACAGGCUGUACUAGGGGGUUUAGCGAACAGUAGCGUUAGUGCUCAUCAAGUUACAGUAGAGGGUUUCGCCUAUUAAUUCCAAUGUGUAGUACUUUUAUGCAAGCGGAUUGAGUGAUAACGGAAGGCCAAUGGAGGGCCAAUGGAGUUCUCACGCUG